GGUGACUGUGUGCAAGCGGGCCACAUCUCUGCAACGCCACCUGAGAGAGCCGCUCGGGGGAUGUGAAGCUUGGGAACUGACUCCGCUCAUUGAACCCACAGUCUCAAUCCCAAUGCUGUAAGAAAACUGCAACUUUGCCAGGGCCCCAGGUGCCGCGAGGCUGGGCGCAGGAGGCAACCUUUCUCCAUCCCCAUACCAAAUCGGAGCACCCUUGGCUCUGACCGUAGUCCAAAGGACCCCAGCGUGGGUGCUCAAAAUCCCAGAGCGGGCAGAAAGUGUCCAGGGCGGGCCUCUGAGUUCCUGGAGACACUCGGGCUGAAGUCUUGCGCUCCGCAAAGGCUCCGGUCCCUUCUCUGAGCCCGCCGGCCCGCGCCGCUGGAAACCGCGCCUCCCAGCAGCAUGGCCACCGGCCUCAGCCCGGACGAGCCCCCGAGUCCGUUGUCCACCCAGCAGGCCACGCUGCUGCUGCUCCUCUGUGUGCUGGCCGCCGUGCACGUGGGCCAGUGGCUGCGGAGACAUCGGCGGCGGCAGCCCCUCUCCACGCCGCCGGGCCCCUUCCCGUGGCCGCUGAUCGGAAACGCCGCGGCGGUGGGCCCGGUGCCGCACCUCUCGUUCGCGCGCUUGGCCAGGCGCUACGGCGACGUCUUCCAAAUCCGUCUGGGCAACUGCCCGGUGGUGGUGCUGAACGGCGAGCGCGCCAUCCGCCAGGCCCUGGUGCAGCAGGGAGCGGCCUUUGCUAACCGGCCGCCCUUCGCCUCCUUCGGCGUGGUGUCGGGCGGCCGCAGCCUGGCUUUCGGCCCGUACACCAAGCGCUGGAAGGAGCAGCGGCGCGCAGCGCACAGCACGGUCCGCGCCUUCUCCACGCGCCAGCCGCGCAGCCGUCGCGUCCUAGAAGGCCAUGUGCUGGGCGAAACGCGCGAGCUGGUGGCCCUGCUGGUGAGCGGCAGCGCGGGCGGCGCCUUCCUCGACCCAGGGCCGCUGACCGUGGUGGCGGUGGCCAACGUCAUGUGCGCCGUGUGCUUCGGCUGCCGCUACAGCCACGACGACGCAGAAUUCCGCGGGCUGCUCAGCCAUAAUGAGAAGUUCGGGCGCACUGUGGGUGCGGGCAGCCUGGUGGACGUGCUGCCCUGGCUGCAGCGCUUCCCCAACCCAGUGCGCACCGCCUUCCGCGAAUUUGAGCAGCUCAACCGCAACUUUAGCAACUUCGUCCUCGACAAGUUCCUGCGGCACAGAGAAAGCCUGCGGCCGGGGGCCGCUCCCCGAGACAUGAUGGACGCAUUUAUCCUCUCCGCGGGAAAGGAAGCGGCGGAGAACUCGGACGACAGCGGAGCCCGUGUGGACAUGGAGCUUGUGCCGGCCACGGUCACCGACAUUUUCGGCGCCAGCCAGGACACCCUCUCCACGGCGCUGCAGUGGCUGCUCAUCCUGUUCACCAGGUAUCCCGAGGUGCAGGCCCGCGUGCAGGCAGAGCUGGACCAGGUGGUGGGCAGAGAGCGCCUGCCCUGCAUGGACGACCAGCCCCGCCUGCCCUACGUCAUGGCCUUCCUGUACGAGGCCAUGCGCUUCUCCAGCUUCGUGCCCGUCACCAUUCCUCACGCCACCACCGCCGACACCUCCGUGCUGGGCUACCACAUCCCCAAGGACACGGUGGUUUUUGUGAACCAGUGGUCGGUGAAUCACGACCCGGCGAAGUGGCCUAACCCGGAGGUCUUUAAUCCUGCCCGCUUCUUGGACAAGGACGGCGGCAUCGACAAGGACUUGGCCAGCAGCGUCAUGAUUUUUUCCGUGGGCAAGCGGCGCUGCCUCGGGGAGGAGCUCUCCAAGGUGCAGCUGUUCCUCUUCAUCUCCCUGCUGGCUCACCAGUGCCACUUCAGGGCCGACCCCGACGAGCCCGCGCAGACGGGCUUCACCUACGGCCUGACCAUCAAGCCCAAGGCCUUUAAAAUCAACGUCACGCUCAGGGAGUCCAUGGAGCUCCUGGACAGCGCCGUCCGCAAGUUCCAGGCUGAGGAGGAGCGCCCGUGAGCGGCCAGAGGCAGGCUGAAGGCUCAGAAGUACUCAGACGGCUUGGGUCAUGGGGAGUACAAUUCGAUUUUUUUUUUUCCUAGCUUUUCUGUGCCACUCUCUGAAUUAGCCUUUUAGGUGGGCAUAAACCAACUUGCACUGCAGGUGAGAUGUGUGCCCCCCACCUGCUCCGAGUGGCUCCUCAAGGGCACUGGGCUGAGCAGGAGCUUUGAGUCAAAGAAUUGAGGAGUUCAAAGAAUCUUGAUACAUGUACUGGAUCCUGGUAGUAACGAUUUCUUGUGGGAGCCUUCUUUGGAGUUACAACAGGCACUUGCACACACACACACAACUACUUAACGAAGUAUUUCAUUAAUCAGAUCUUCACGGGUAGGGUCCAAGAUUGAUCUCCCAUGUGCUGAAAUCUGCUCCAUAGAAAACUGUAUUAAGCGAGGUUUCAGAAGAUAUUGGUGAAUAUGCAAAGGAAAGUGAUUUUAGUGUAAGACAUGUAAUUGAGGGUAAUAAAGGAAAUGAGAAAGACCAGAUUCCUUUUUCACCUUUCCCAAUAAAAUACCUUAGAUAGGUUCUGGUAUCCAUGGGUGGAUUUGUCUUUUUUUCCACUGAUGUGUUUUCUUACUUUUUAGGAUGAGCCAUAAAGUCAGUUGCUCAGAAAGAAAUUCAUAGUUGAUUUAGUGAUGUUAGUCGAUGUCAGCGAUUUAUCAUGAAUUUUUAAAUUGUAAAUUGUUGAACUGUAAAAUUCCAGGAAGUCAUACCCUCCUGGUUGCCAAGGAACAGUAUUUCUGAGAGGAGUAAAAAAAAAAAAAAAAUUGCCAGCCCAGCUAAGCUUUGUAUUAUGUGAUUGUAAUGCUCUGAUUUCAAUAAAUCUCACAAGUAGAAAUAAGCAUGUCACCAAAUAGUAUUCAAUAUAUGUUAUAAUAUGUUAGUAUUGUUUUAGUAUUAAUUAUUUUGGUCAGGAAAAGGUUGAAUAAUACAUAUCUCUAUGUCAUUGCAAAUGAAAAGUACAGUCAAUUCAACCAAUUUUGGCUCAAAAACAUUAAGUGAUCUUGAUUAAACCAGAUGCCUAUUUUGACAUCAUGGAAACCAAUUUGAAGCGAGGACUCUUUGCUCAUCCAAAACUUGUACUCAUAAUACAGAAUCUUUUGUUGUAAAUUGAGCUAAUUAAUAUAUUAAAAAUCCACAUUCUUAACAUGUUUGAAUUUUGAUGCCCUUCUGAUUAUUUAGUUCCAGUUGAAAUCUGAACAUUGUGCUGCAGACAGCAGAGAAAUUUAACCUGUCUGCCAGGUAAAUCAUGAAAAAGGCAAUCAGUUAUCUAUUUUCUUUUUUAAGUAACAAGGAAGAAAAGCUCUCACGAUUAUCUUUUUCUCCUUUAAACUGGUUUCUUAAGAAAAUAGCAAUUAAUGUCUGUUUUUGGAACUCAGAAUCAGAAGAUAGUCUUGGAAAGCUGAUUGGAAAAUCACUUUGUGUUACAGUGAACUGAUCAGAUCAGUUGUGCUAUUUAUGAUGGCUAAGCCGGUGAGCAAUCACUUUCAUGGCUGUGAAAACCUAAUGCUUGAACAAAUUGUUUAUAUUCAGUUAAUGUAAAUAAUCUGAAAAUUUUAAAAAAAGUGAUGAAAUAUUGAAAAAAUACAAAAUGACAUUUGAAAUUCUGACAUUCAUUACAUGUAAAACUUCAAAGGACAGUUCUACAGUGUCCUAAAAGCCUACUGCUUGUUACAUUUUUAUUAAGCUUUUUAGAAUAUUUUUAUCAAAAUUACAAAGGGGAAGUAUUUAAUGGUUUUGUGUGUAACUGGUAAGAGAAAAGAGAGAGAAAGAAUGAAAAGAAGGGAAAAUGGUUAAACAUUUUACUGUUCACUCCAGAUUAAUUUAUUUGAAGCACAAAAUCAAAGCAUAAACAUUUAAAAAAAGAUGUUUGGAGUGCCAGUGGUAAAUCAGAAAGAGACGGUUUUUUUUUUCUUUAAAUUACUACAUAGCAGAUCUAUUUUGUAAUUUGGAGUUUUUUUAUCAAUAAAAAUUUCAUGUAAUUUUCUAUUUAUGAAAAAUUCAUAGCUGUACCUGUAGAAUAUAAAAACAUGGUGUUUGAAUCAGUAUUUUAAAAGGAUAUUAAAGUGAGCUGUAGAAAUCAGGCUUGCCCAAAACAUUACCAUUUUUUUUGGCACUGGCUAUGCCCCAGUUUUUUGCUCUGGAAGGGCUGAGAGUGAUUUUGGGCUGCUCUAGCCUGUGUGCUCUGUUUAGAUAUGUGUGGCAGCAAAAAUAAUCACAUACUGAUCUAGGCACCUCAGUAAGUCAACCAGAGUCUGCUGUGCUAAUAUCUGCUUUUAUGUGUGUGGUUCAGUCAUCAUCUGGUGCUUGCUGGGAUGGGAAAGCUGCUUAUAUAGAAGAAACUGUGGUGGAUGUUUAGACUUUACCUGACUUAUUUAAUUUUGUUUAUAGCCUAGUUAAAGGAAGGAAAAUAAAACCAAAACCAAACAAACAAAAUAACUGAGUUUGAGGGCUUCAGUUAACAAAUUACUGCCUUAGUCAGAAAACCUCAUUUUACUUCUGCCAGAGAUAGAAUGUAUUUGCUGGUUAUCAUUAACUACUCCAGACAAUUGUAAUAGUUCAAGUACAUUGCUUAUGAAAUGCCUCAUUUAUAUAUCAAAGCUUUGAUUUUAUAAGAAAAUUGACUUUCUCCCCCCAAUCAAAAAGAAAAUUCUCUAGUUUGUUUUGUGGAUUAUCCAAAAGCUCUCAUGUCCCAGAACUUAGCCUUUACCUGUGAAACGUUAUUACUGCUUUACUAUUUUCAUAUUAGAUCUAUAUUAGAUCAAAUAGUUGCAUAGCAAAUAUAUUAAUUUGUAUGUUUUUAGCUAUGACACAACUCUGUGAUAAAAAACAGAUAUACUCUACUAAUUGUUUAUUAUAACACAAGGAUAACUUUCUAUUUAACCUUUUCUUAUUUUUGUAUUUUAUCAUGUAUGCUACAUGCUCUUAAUAUGUACACAGCAGCUACCGUACAUAGUUGCAACCAAAAUAGAUUUUGGGAACACAGCAUUAAUAUGUAGAUUUUACUGUUUGGUACACUAUCUUAAUAAAUUCUAUAACUGUAAUUACCUAUAUUGGAACACAAUUACCAAAGUAAUAAAAAUCACUUCCAUAACCUUGUUAUGAAGUUUUACUUUACAUUGUAACAAA